GAAGAGCCUAUAAAUAAUAGUGGGUCUGUUCGGUAUCAUAAUAUUAAUAAUAAUAAUAAGCUUACGUAUAUUCUGUAAGACCAAAAAACAAGUCCACACUUGGAGAAAUAAUGGAACAAAUGGAGCAGCAAAAAUAUAAUCGCAUCUCAUCAAGGAAAAAGGGAGGAUUAGUCACAAUGCCCUUUAUCUUCUCGAAUGAGAUUUGCGAGAAGUUGGCUGUGGUGGGAUUCCAUGCAAAUAUGAUUAGUUACUUGACUACACAGCUUCAUAUGCCACUCACCAAAGCCGCUAACACUCUUACCAACUUCGGUGGCACCGCCAGUUUGACGCCGUUGAUCGGAGCUUUCGUCGCCGACUCAUUCGCCGGCCGCUUCUUGACUAUCACCGUUGCUUCCAUCAUCUACCAAGUGGGGAUGAUUAGCUUAACACUAUCAGCAGUGCUUCCCCACCUAAGACCGCCGCCGUGUAAAGGCGAGGAAGUGUGUAAAGAAGCCGAUUCGAGACAGGUGGCGAUACUGUACGUGUCACUCCUUCUGACGGCUCUCGGGUCGGGUGGGAUCCGACCCUGUGUGGUGGCUUUUGGGGCGGACCAGUUCGACGAGAAUGACCCGAAACAGAACACAAAGAGAUGGAAGUACUUCAACUGGUAUUAUUUUACCAUGGGAGCUUCGAUACUGGUGGCUGUUACGGUUCUUGUUUAUGUUCAAGAUAAUGUUGGGUGGGGUUGGGGACUUGGGAUCCCAACCAUGGCCAUGUUCUUGUCCAUUAUUGCUUUCAUAAUCGGGUACCCGCUUUACCGGAACUUGGAUCCGGCUGGGAGUCCGUUUACCCGGUUGGUGCAAGUGUCUGUGGCAGCCUUCAAGAAGAGGAAGUUGGCUAUGGACUCUGAUUAUUCUACAAAGCUUUACCAGAAUGAUGAGCUUGAUGCUCUCAUUUCGAUUGAUGGAAUGCUUGUUCACACCAAGCAAAUGAAAUUUUUGGACAAGGCAGCCAUAGUAACAGAAGAAGACAACGUAAAAUCACCCAACCUAUGGAGAAUCAACACCAUCCAUCGUGUAGAAGAACUAAAAUCAAUAAUCAGAAUGGGACCAAUCUGGGCAUCAGGAAUUCUGCUCAUCACAGCCUAUGCUCAACAAGGCACGUUCUCACUCCAACAAGCCAAGACCAUGAACAGACACCUAAGCAAGUCAUUCGAGAUCCCAGCAGGCUCAAUGAGCGUCUUCACCAUAGUAAGCAUGCUCUCCACCAUCGCCUUAUACGACAUCGUUUUAAUCCGCAUAGCUCGAAAGUUCACGGGGCUCGACCGAGGCAUAACCUUCCUCCAAAGAAUGGGAAUUGGCUUCUUCAUUUCCAUCAUCGCCACCUUAGUCGCCGGCUUCGUGGAAAUGAAGCGCAAAGCCGCGGCCUCAGCACACGGACUAAUCGACCACCCUAAGAUUACGAUUCCCAUCUCUGUGUUUUGGCUUGUUCCUCAGUACAGCCUCCAUGGAAUAGCCGAGGCUUUCAUGUCAAUCGGGCACCUCGAGUUUUUCUACGACCAGGCCCCAGAAAGCAUGAGGAGCACAGCCACCGCUCUGUUUUGGACAGCCAUUUCGGCUGGAAAUUACGUGAGCACUCUGUUGGUUUCUCUUAUCCACAAGUACACAGCUCGUCCUGAUGGGUCGAACUGGCUUCCCGAUAAUAAUUUGAAUAAAGGGAAGUUGGAGUUAUUUUAUUGGCUACUCACUCUGUUACAAGUUGUAAAUUUGAUUUACUAUACUUGGUGUGCAAAAAUAUACACUCACAAACCUGUUCAGGUUCUCAGAACAGAGACUACUAGUACUAGUUCUGAUGAUCAAUCUAAAGAGGGUCCAGGGACAGGGACAGGGACAGGGUUGGAGCUUGCCAAUAGGGUUUAAUUAAUUAGUGCAUGUCUUGAUAAUAAAAAUGAUGUAAGAUGUGCCUUAGGUAAUUUAGUGUUAUCUUUUCUGUAGUUUCCAAGGGAAUAAUAAUGAACAAUGUAAAUUCAUAUAUAGUAUAGAUUAGUAAUGCUAAUGAUAUCACCACAUAAAAUAUAGUCCUGGAUUGGCUAUGUUCCAAUAGUAUUUGCUUAAUUUAAUCGUGUAUUUGUCCUU